AUGAUAUCCACCACUGACACCGAUGCCCUGCCAAAACUCCUCCAGCUCCCCCUCGAGCUCCGACAACAGAUCUACUCCUGUCUAUGCCCACCCUCACCAAUCUCCAACCCCAUCCCCACAGUCGGCAUAACCAGCGUGUCGCAUCGUCCACCGCCCUUGCCUCUACUCUUAACCUGCCACGCCAUUUCCAACGACGUAACUUCCCACUACUUCAGCAUCGCAAGUUGGAAACUGAUUGCCUCGCACGCCUUCAAUUUCUACCGCAUCGAUCCUACACUCUCCAAUCUCGCUAGCUCGCGAUUGCUCAAGACGAUUCAAAAAGUAGAGUUGGUGUUUUGGUUCGAUGGCAGUUUGCUCAAGAGUUAUCCUUCUCUCAAGACAACGACGUAUUGUCAGGAGAUUAGGAAACGAGCGACAAGGGCUUGUGAAAUCUUGGCUACGGCGCCCGAGUUGAGGACUGUCCAAGUCAGUUGGGUGGACUCGACGACUCAGGAAGCGAUAGAGGACAAGAGAGAAGUCUUGGAUGCAUUGAAGAUACUGGACGGCAAGGUCAGAUUCGAGGUCGGGGUUCUGGAAUGGAGCGGUGCACAAGCUGAGCCCGAGAGAGGAGAUUUUGAGAAGAAGGUGAAAGGCCUAAUCGAUGUCGCUCAUCCCGUUGCUGCUUUCUGA